ACAUCGUCUGCAGGGCGCUUCAGGACACACGCCCCUCUAGAUAUCUCCGCCGUAUAUCUACAACGCCAGCCCGCAGGCAGUGUCAUGUUCCUGCCGCAUUUUACCCUCGUGUGGCUGGCAUCAGAGACCGGACAGUGUCUUUCUGAUCAAUCGUCACGAUGAGCGCACGCGUAAAAGAUUCUGAUAUCGUGGAGGUGGCCAAGGCCUACCCUUCUCAACAGGGCAUGGAAACUCCCGCCUCGGAGAAGACCGCUACGAUUACUGAGAAAGGAUUUAGCCUUAACUUCCAAGAACUGGAACAGGAGGCCUUCACUGACGGUCGGGUGGCUCCCACUGAGGAGGAGAAACGAGCCUUGCGUCGAGUCGCUGACAGGGUCCCGUGGACUGCCUAUACUGUCGCCUUUGUCGAGCUCUGCGAACGUUUCUCGUACUAUGGAACGACUGCAGUUUUCGUCAACUUCAUCCAGCAGCCUCUGCCUGCGGGUUCACGAACUGGUGCUGGUUUCGAGGGCCAGUCUGGCGCUUUAGACAUGGGGCAGCGAGCUUCCACUGGAUUAACAAUGUUUAACACUUUCUGGUGUUACCUUACGCCCAUUCUCGGUGCAUGGGUUGCGGACGAGUUCUGGGGGCGUCUAAAGACCAUCCAGGCAUCGAUAGGCUUCGCCAUGGUGGGCCACAUCCUUUUGAUCAUCUCUGCGGUACCUGAUAUUAUUGUCCAUCCUAAUGGGGCCAUCGCCUGCUUCACUAUUGGUCUUGUUAUCUUCGGUAUCGGUGCAGGAGGCUUCAAAUCAAACAUCGCUCCCUUGAUAGCAGAGCAGUACAAAGAGACGAGACUAUGGGUCAAAGUAAUUCCCAAGACUGGCGAGCGUGUCAUUGUGGAUCCAGCGCAGACAAUUACUCGGAUAUUUCUCUAUUUCUAUUUCAUGAUCAACGUCGGUGCUUUGCUCGGCUCUAUUGCGAUGGUCUAUGCUGAAAAAUACGUUGGAUUUUGGCUCUCGUUCCUUCUUCCCACAGUUAUGUUUUGCUUCUGCCCACUAGUCCUAUUUUUGUGUCGUAACAAGUACGACGUGACUCCUCCCACCGGAUCUGUAGUUGUGAAAGCUCUGAAGCUCUGGUCACUGGCCUUGAAGGGAAAAUGGUCGUGGAAUCCGUUCACACUGAUCAAGAAUGUCCGUGGUGACGAUUUCUGGGAACGCGUCAAGCCUAGCAAGAUUGAGGACAGGCCACAGUGGAUGACAUUCGACGACCAAUGGGUUGACGAGGUGCGGCGUGCACUUAAGGCUUGUGCCGUUUUUCUCUGGUACCCAAUAUACUGGUUGACAUACGGCCAAAUGACGGGUAAUCUGACGUCUCAAGCUGCUACGAUGCAGCUGGACGGCGCUCCCAACGACAUUAUCAGCAAUCUGGACCCCCUUGCUCUGAUCAUCUUCAUCCCGAUCAUGGACCACUUUGGCUAUCCGGGUAUCCGCAAACUGGGAUUCACCUUUACUCCACUGAAGAAGAUUUUCGUUGGAUACAUGAUGGCUACUAGUGCCAUGAUAUCCGCCGCGGUCAUCCAGUACUACAUCUACAAGACGAGCCCGUGUGGGAGCCAGGCUAGUAGCUGUAAAGAGACUGCCCCGAUCAACGUUUGGGUGCAGGCCAUACCGUAUGUGCUGAUUGCAUUCUCCGAAAUCUUCGCCGCAAUCACCGGAUACGAAUAUGCCUACACCAAGGCUCCCAAAAACAUGAAGAGUUUGGUCCAAUCAUUGUUUCUAUUCAUGAACGCCAUCUCCUCUGCCAUUGCUCAAGCUCUCGUCUCUCUAUCCGCCGAUCCUCUUCUGAUCUGGAACUACGGCUUCGUGGCUGUGCUUGCCUUUGUUGGCGGCACCCUAUUCUAUAUCACCAACUACAGUCUCGAUAAGCAAGAAGACCAGCUCAACAACCUUGAGGAGUCCAAGUUCCUUGGUCGUGGUAACCAAUCACAAGACGAGAAGGUUUGAACUAAGAAAUUAAAAACAAACAAAAGGCAAAGAAAAGGAUG